AUGUUUCCGGUGGUAGCGGGACUCCUCGCGUCGGCGGGACUCGACGCUUCUUCUCCCGCCGCGGCGCGGAGACCCGAAGGCGUGAAUCGCCCGGAACUGCUCCCCAAGACCGAUGGCGCCUCCACACCGGUGAUCGACGUGGCGCGUCUCCACGGUGCGGUGGUGGGAGAGAUCGUCGAUUUCGCUGCGGAAUGGAUCCUCACACCGAGCCAAGAGCGCGAGCUCGCCGCCGACAUCGCGGAGAUCGAGAAGACUGCCCAGGUUCGCUUGCGUGUGCUCACGCAGACGUUCCCCAACACGCCAGGACUGGCGAUCAAGGACUAUUGGAAGCCUGAUGCUCGCACAGUGAUCUACGUGCACGACACGGGUGGACUGGGUGAGACGGCCGUGGUGAACUUCAAUGCUGGGCAAGAAGUGGAACUGAUGAGACCUGUCAGCAGUCAGUCAGUGGAGCGAAGCGGUGACGUAGCGGUUCGAACCGGUUCCGGUUCGUUGGGGCCGUUUCGUUUGGGAUGCGGUUCGGUUUGGGGCUCCUUUCUCGUGCGAUUCAAUGGAGUGCCAAGGGCAGCUCUUUUGGAUGUUAGCGACUGUUAG